AGAAAAAGCAACUGAAGAGAGAAGCAAUGAGAAGAAACUGAAGAUGAAUGCUGCGAUGAAUGCCGCUAUGAAGACAAGAUGAUGUUGGAGGACAAUGAAAUUGACUAAGAGUGGAACAAUGGAUAGUAAUAAAAUUUGAGGUCACCGCUGAUUGGCAAAAGACAAUUGUAUGUCAAUCAAAUUUAUCAUAUGAUCAACUGGGAUAAAGACGACGCAGUAAAUUCUCAUGGUUUUCAUGUGACAAUCAAUAAGUAAUUGAUAAAAUUCUUACAAUUUGGAAAAUUUCCGAUAAAAACAGGAAGAAAUGGCAUUGAGAUUAUCUGGAUUUGGAAGAUUCCCGUCGCGAAUCAGCAAAGUUAAAUGUUUGAGGCUUCUGAGCUCCCAGCAGCUGCCUCCAAAUGAACCUUUCACAAACUUUGAAGACCCAAUUGUCAGAGAAAGAUUGAACGAGGCAUUAGCAAGAGUAAAUGGCCAGGUAGAGGACAUUCCAAUUGUUAUUGGAGGUCAGGAAUUCAGAACAAAUGAUGUCAAAUACCAAGUAUCACCAUAUGAUCAUCAAAAGAAAGUGGCAAAAUACCACUAUGCAGACAAGGCAUUAAUAGAAAAAGCUAUUGAAAAUUCACUGAGUAACAGAGAGAGAUGGGAAAAGAUGCCUUUUAGUCAAAGAGGACCUAUUUUCAUGAGGGCAGCAGAAUUGAUGGCAACAAAGUAUAGAUAUGAUAUGCUUGCAACAACAAUGGUAGGACAGGCAAAGACUCCCAUCCAGGCAGAUAUUGAUGCAGUAGCUGAAAGCAUUGAUUUCUUAAAGUUCAAUCACCAUUAUGCAAGGGAUAUUUAUGAAGGACCUGCUUUGCAUCAACCAAAAACAGUUAUGAAUCAUGUUGAAUACAGAGGUUUGGAGGGCUUUAUUGCUGCAAUCAGUCCGUUCAACUUCACAGCCAUUGGUGUAAACCUUGCUGGUUCUCCUGCAAUGGGCGGCAAUGUCGUUCUGUGGAAGCCAUCUGAUACUGCUAUGCUAUCUGGCUGGUUGGUGUACAAAAUUCUACGAGAAAGUGGCUUGCCUGAUGGCAUCAUCCAAUUCGUACCAUGUGAUGGUCCUCUAUUUGGUGACGUCAUAACAAACUCUCCCGAUCUUGCUGGAAUUAGUUUCACUGGAAGUUCAAAGACGUUCAAAAAUAUUUGGAAAUCCGUCGGUAACGGAAUUGAAAAUUACAAGACCUUCCCUCGUCUCGUUGGAGAGUGUGGUGGCAAGAAUCUUCAUUUUAUCCACGAGAGUGCUGAUGUUGAUACUGUUGUAAAUGGCACAAUUUUAUCAUCUUUUGAGUUCGGAGGGCAAAAAUGUUCUGCUUGUUCGAGGCUUUAUGUCCCAGACACACUGUGGCCUCAGAUAAAAGAAAAGCUGGUUAACAUAAUGGGCCAGUUGAAACUUGGAAAUCCAGAGGAAUAUUCUACCUACCUAUCUGCUGUGAUUGAUGAGCGGUCGUUCGAUAAAAUUUCCUCGUACAUUGACUACGCCAGGAAUUCACCACAGGAAGAGAUAGUUGCAGGAGGCAAAUGCGAUAAAAGUGUUGGGUAUUUCGUCGAGCCAACAUUAAUAGAGACGAAGGACCCAAACAGCAAACUUCUGAACGAGGAAAUAUUCGGACCAGUAUUAACCGCUUUUGUGUAUCCAGCAAGUGAAUACAAAGAAUAUAUGAAGCUGGCAAGUACUACGUCACCUUAUGGCCUCACAGGAUCAAUAUUUGCAAAGAAUAGGAAUGUCAUUGAGGAUGCUUGUGAAAUUUUCAAGCAAAGUGCUGGCAACUUUUACAUAAAUGACAAGUCAACGGGAUCCGUAGUGGGACAGCAGCCUUUCGGAGGAGCCCGCGCAUCAGGAACAAAUGACAAGGCUGGCAUGAACACUUAUAUGCUCAAAUGGUUAUCUCCACGAUCAAUAAAAGAAAGCCUGGUGCAUAUCAAUAACUGGAGAUACCCCUGUAUGGACUCUUGAAUGAUGGAAAGUUACGUUAAUAUUAGAGCUUAUGGUUUUAUCUGAGUCGAGUAUGUGUUUUAUUGUGUCUAGCUGAAAUAGAAUUUAAUUUUAAUCUGGAAUCUAUUUCGGCUACUCAGUGAGCAAAGAUAGAUUUAUUUGCAUUUAACUUCAAGCUUGAAAAAGCUGUUAUUUUCUAUUUAACCUAAUCGAUGUAUUACCAUAGUCAAUAAAAAAGCUUUCAUUGCAUAAUAACCCAAAUCGUUUAUAAUAUCCCCAAUCUUACAUAAUUUCGUAGCCUCGCUCCCAACCCUAAAUCGCUAACUACUGGUCUCGCAUAGUUCUCUACCGCAAGCCAUAAUAUAGCUUAUAAUCUAGUAUGUGUACUAUACUCUACCGAAUUUAAGUAUAUCUUAUCGCUUCUAAUCCAUAUCAAUAUAAAUGAUACAAUUAAAAUGUGAGUAGCCAUUCCCAGCGUAUUUUCCUAUCAGAUCAUAGGUGCCUGUGAGAGCAUUAUAUUUAACAGUUUUAACUUUUGCUUGUAGUUUUUAACCUACUCCUGACACCGUUUUUGUCGUAGAUGUGUUUUGCAAUUUCUGAAAAUAGAAAUUGCUACAAACGCAAACUGCAAACUGUAAAAUUUCGUCGUUUGAAUCGCUAAAGUAAGAUAUAACUUCGGUAAUGCUCGUUGACAUUCGUGAAAUUGAAGCAACGCAAAAAUUUCGGUCUAAAUCAGCAGUUGUCUAAUUCAAACACGUAUACGAUGACUUAAGAUGGAGCUUUGAAAGUAGAAUUUUAUGUUAGUUGUUAAUCAGAGCAGUAUUUAGAGGCUUUAUUUAGAAGCAAAUUAACUUUGCAAUACGUAACUGGUAUAUUAAAGAAACUUUCCUCGCAUUAACAAAGUAGAGUAGGAAUGAAAACUGCUUGUUAUUGA